UCAGCAACUAGAGCAGCAGCUUAAGGUAGUGAAAGCACCAGGAGCAGCUUCCCUGGGCAGCCUUUUCAAACCUGCUGCAGGCUUGCACUCUCAGCCUAGCUGAGGACAUGAGAAGCUCUCUGUGGAGAGUGAUGGAGAAAGGGACUGCUCUGGGAUGGAGCUCCUGAAAGAUGCCUGGGGACUCCUCAGCAUCUGGGCUUUCUGCAAGUCAUCAAAACCAAAUCCCCUCCCCUCCUAAAGGAUCCUGACUUUGGGAUUUAUGUUGUUUUGCCUGUUCUGCCUCGUCUCCUGCUACACGGCUCUAUUUCUCUUCCGUGCCUAUUCCUGGUUAACUUUUGCAUGUGUGGGUUUAACUCUUAACUUCUGCCUGGAUCUUGCCAAAUGGACUCAGCUUAUCUUCUCUGAGCCUUUUCCCUCUUUGGAUUUGCUGCUUCUCGAGUUGCAACCUACCACAACCAUGAUGUUGCUCCUGGAGCUGCUUAGAAAAUGUUGUUGCUUCCUCUCAGAAGAACUGCAUGCAGCAGCGUGACCAAGGCUUGUGAAUAACAGGGAUCUUGGGUUGAUCAUACUGUUUUGGGCUUUAGUGGAAGAUUAUUUGAUUGCAUCUUGUGACCUGAACUUUCUUCAUCCACCAGUUUUUUAUGACCAUCCUUUCUAGAAAAACUGGAAAAAAAAACACCCCACUUCCACAUCUUCCUUUCCAUUUUUCCCUCCCUCCCAUCCCACAGAUCCCAGGCUCCUUAAAUGUUAGGAGAUCCUUGGGGGAACGGAUCUCGACGCCUUGUUGAGACCUUGGGUGUCAGUGGGAGCUCUGCUAUAACUUUUGGUUGUUUGGUUUGAAAGUACCAUGGCCUUGAGUGGAAACUGCAGGACUUACCUCCCUCCUAGAGAACAAGCAACUGCUGCACAUCCUUUCCCAGAGGUGAUAGAACUGAAUGUGGGGGGCCAGGUUUACUUCACUCGUCUCUCCACGUUAACAGGCCUUCCUCAAUCCCUGCUUUGGAAAAUGUUCACCUCCAAAAAAGAAACAGCCAAUGACCUGGCCAAAGAUUCCAAAGGAAGGAUUUUCAUUGAUCGCGAUGGCUUCCUAUUCCGUUACAUUCUGGACUAUCUCAGGGACAAGCAGGUGGUCCUGCCCGACCAUUUUCCAGAGCGAGGAAGGCUCAAGAGGGAAGCCGAGUACUUUCAGCUCCCAGAUUUGGUCAAACUUCUGACGCCCGAUGAGAUCAAGCAAAGCCCUGACGAUUAUUGCCAUAGUGACUAUGAGGAGGUUUCCCAAAGCAGUGACCCAAGAAUAUGUGCCCCUUCAUCUCUCAUGGCCUCGGAUAGAAAGUGGGGCUUCAUUACCAUUGGCUACAGAGGUUCAUGCCCCAUGGGCAGAGAGACCCAAGCAGAUGCCAAAUUCAGAAGAGUCCCGAGGAUUUUGGUUUGUGGCAGGAUUGCUCUAGUCAAAGAAGUUUUUGGAGAAAGUUUGAAUGAAAGCAGAGACCCAGACCGAGCUCCCGAUAGAUACACUUCUAGGUUCUACCUGAAGUUCAGGCACCUGGAACGGGCUUUUGAUAUGUUGUCAGAAUGUGGCUUCCACAUGGUAACCUGCAAUUCCUCUGUGACGGCUUCUUUUGUCAAUCAGUACACUGAUGAUAAAGUGUGGUCCAGCUACACAGAAUAUGUCUUUUAUCGUGAACCAUCACGAUGGUCAUCAUCACACUGUGACUGCUGUUGCAAAAAUGGCAAAGGUGAUAAAGAAGGCGAAAGUGGCACAUCCUGCAAUGAACUCUCCACCUCUAGCUGUGACAGCCAAUCAGAAGCCAGCUCCCCUCAAGAGACUGUCAUCUGUGGCCCAGUCACUCGCCAAUCCAAUAUACAGACUCUGGAUCGACCAAUCAAGAAAGGUCCUGUGCAGCUCCUUCAGCAGUCUGAAAUCCGGAGAAAAAGUGACUUGCUCCGAACUCUAACUUCUGGCUCUAGAGAAUCCAACUCUAGCAAAAAAAAAGCAGCAAAAGAAAAGCUCUCAAUUGAGGAAGAAUUAGAAAAAUGCAUCCAGGAUUUUCUCAAAAUCAAAAUCCCAGACAGGUUUCCAGAACGAAAACAUCCCUGGCAAUCUGAACUUUUACGAAAAUAUCAUCUAUAG